CCUGUUGUUUUGGAUAAGUAAACAAACGCAUGUAAACAAACGCAUCUCAACGAAUUUCUAUAAAUAUUGGAAAAAUUCCCUGCCUGAAAAAUGUCUGACGAGGAAGAUGAUUAUAUGUCUGAUAAGUUUUUAGCUGGUUUACAGGAGGUACGUCCAAGUCUAAUAAAUAAUCGAGCAAAAAAGCGUCAAUUUGAAAUGGAAGUUAAACACAAGGAACACAAUAAGAAACAAAAAGAAUUAAAACAAUUUUCAACAGCUAAUGUGGACAACGACAGGCUACAGCAGGCGUUAAGUAAACCUUUGGCACAAGAAAAUAAAGGAUUUAAAUUGUUGACUAAAAUGGGCUAUAAACCAGGACAAGCUUUAGGAAAACCUGUCAAUAAUGAAGAAACCUCCUCCUCCUCAAAUUUGCAAACAAACCGGUUAAUAGAACCCAUAGGCAUCACUUUGAAAACGGAUCGUCAGGGUUUGGGUAGAGAAGCAGCUCUUCAAGAAUUAAAGCAGAGGCGAACAAAAAUACUCCAAGAACGCCUAAGAAAAGAAGCGGGAGGGUCCACAAGUAUUGAAGAUUUUCGUCGUAGAACAAAUCAAAAACAUGAAGAAAAAUUUGUACUUAAUGCUUUAAGACGCUGCCAAGUGACUUGUGAAAACUUGGAUCUGGAAAUUAACCUCGAGAAACCUGAAAUGCCUUGGUUUUGGCCGGAAAGAACAAAAGAAACGGAGGAAGAGCUGGAAGCUGAAAAAGAAACUAAUAAGGAAGAAGUAGAAGACAAUGAGCAGGAACUGGAAGAGGAAGAGUUUACUUACCAAGAGAAAUUAGAAAUGUUAACAAACUAUGUGCGAACUUCAUAUAUGUUUUGCUACUGGUGUGGUGUACGUUAUAAUGAUGAACAAGAUUUAAAUGAUAAUUGUCCAGGUCUAACUAAAGAUGACCACUAAACUAUUAUUCCAAAUUUAUUUGGUUCAUGGAAAAGAUCUUUAGAAACAGAGGAACUGUUACAACAACUAAACUAAUUUUGUAAUAUUUGUAAAAUAAAUCAAAUGAUCUAAUAUUGUCAG